GUCACUGGCCCUACAGGGGCGGGAAAAUCGACGUUCAUCAAUCAUGUGUGUGGUUCAAACUUGGCAGUAGGAACAACCCUUCGGUCGUGUACGAAGGAUAUCGACGUCGCACAUUGCAUGAUGGGCAAUUCCAAGGUCGUGCUCAUCGACACGCCGGGCUUCGAUGACACGACGAAGUCGCAGGCGGACGUCCUCGAGGACAUAGGCCAAUUUCUGAAAAAGACAUAUGAGGAAGACAUCAAGCUGACCGGCGUCAUAUACAUGCACCGCAUCUCCGACCGCCGCGUUGGGGGCAUCGCGCGAGAGAAUUUCAGGCUCUUCAGGAAGAUAUGCGGCCCGGAGGCAAUGAAGAACGUGUUCAUCGUGACCACGAUGUGGGAGGAUGUUUCGGAGGAGGUUGGACAGGCGCGAGAGCAAGAGCUAGUGUCCAAGCCGAUCUUCUUCCAGCCAGUCAUCGCGCAGGGGGCGAGGAUAGUCCGGCACCAGAAGACAGCACAGUCCGCCCAGUCGAUCGUGUCUUCGCUCAUUGUGAACGCCGCGAGGAGUCUUCAGAUGCAACGCGAACUCGUGGAGGAAAGGAAGCAAGUGCCGGAAACCGCAGCGGGCUGCGACCUCAAGUCAAUCCUCGUAGAACAAGAGGAGAGACACCAGCGAGAGAUGCGGGAACUCAAAGAGGAGAUCAAGGACGCAGAAAAGGCGGAGAUCGCCCGGCUUAAAGCAGAGCUGAACAGAGUGAAGGAUGAUCUCCGGCGGGUCAAGAGAGAAGAGGAGAAGCUGCGCGGGGGCAACGGCCUCUUUCGUUUCCUACGAGUGGGAUAUCGCGUCGAGUACCGAGUUCUGUUUUGCUGGAAGGUUUACCAUAUCCUGGGGCCACAGUAG